AGUAUCUGCUGUAGGAGCUCGUUCCUCCUUGUUAGCUGAAGGUUGACAGCCUCCGGGAUCCAAAGCAGCUAUGGACGAAGACUUUAUUUUGGCCCAACAGCUGCAAGAGGAGUGGAACCUGCAGGUCGCGACGAGCCAUCACCCCCAGGAGCCCUUGUCGGUGGUGGACGCGUCUUGGGAGCUGUUGGAUCCCACCCCGGAUUUGCAGGCCCUGUUUAUGCAAUUCAACGAUCAGUUCUUCUGGGGCCAGCUAGACUCCGUCGAAGUGAAGUGGAGCAAGCGAAUGACCCAGUGUGCUGGAUUAUGCAACUAUGAAGGCAGAGGUGGAAUGUGUUCCAUCCGCCUCAGUGAACCCCUUUUGAAGUUGAGACCAAGAAAAGACCUUGUAGAGACACUCUUGCAUGAAAUGAUACAUGCCUAUUUAUUUGUUACUAAUAAUUAUAAAGACCGGAGUGAACAUGGUCCAGAGUUUUGUAAACAUAUGCAUCGCAUCAAUCAUCUGACUGGAGCCAAUAUCACGAUAUACCAUGAUUUUCAUGAUGAAGUGGAUGAAUAUCGACGACACUGGUGGCGCUGUGAUGGACCAUGUCAGCAGAGAAACCCUUAUUAUGGUUAUGUCAAACGUGCUGUUAACAGGGCACCCUCUGCUCAUGACUAUUGGUGGGAUGAACACCAGAAAACCUGUGGAGGCACUUUUAUAAAAGUCAAAGAACCAGAGAAUUCAAAAGGCAAAGGAAAGACAAAACUAGGAAAUUACCCAGUAGCAACUGCAGAGACUAAAGAUAAUCCAGAGAAAACUGAGAAACAAUUAUUCAUUCCUUUCAGUGGAAAAGGAUACAUUCUAGGAAAAAUAAUCAAUUCACCUUCACCUGGGAAAUUCAUUGCUUCAAAUUCUACUAAUGAUAAUCAAGAUAUUUUAAAUCAAGACAAUUCAACAAAUGUUCUAAGACCUAAUUCGAAAUAUGAGGUGAAAUCUGAACAGAAUGGCUCAAGUAAUAAAGUGCCGUUACGUACUUCCAGCCACCAAAAUAGUAUAAAUAAUUACUUCCCUAAAAUAUCAGUUGCCAACCAAAAUGCUUUCAGAAAUGUGAAUGGAUCUCCAACAAAAGAUGGAAUAGUUGGGAGCAUCACUAAGAACAUCUCUAAUUCUCAAGGAAGGCCAACGUCGUCUAAGAUAGCCCUUAAAAAUCCUUUAAAAGGAAUGGAAUUGACAUCUGUGACUGCAUCCCAGAACAUGAGUGGGCCUGAAAAUGAAGUUCCAAGUAAACGGCAGAAGCUAGAAAAUAUAACUGUUCUAGACAAUUUUUUAAGCAAGAAAGCACAGUUACCAAGUGGUAGUUCUCCAACAUGUAGUUCAUAUCCUACCAUGACAACUCAGAAUUCUAUUGCUUCGUCCAGUCAGAGGAAAAUGGUAGACUGUCCUGUUUGUCAGAAUGAAAUUUUAGAAUCUCAAAUUAAUAAACACUUAGACUGGUGUCUUGAAGUUGAAAUCAUAAGCUGAAAAAAGCCUUUGAUUAAUGAGUUUCAUAUGUAUAGAUAUUACUCACUGGUAUA